UUAAAUGAUUGAGUCUAAAAAAUCAGAACUUAAAAAUGAUUUAAAGGAAACUAAUUAAUAGAUAUAUGAAUUGAUAGAAUAAGCAAAUCAACAAUUAUAGUAAUUGUUUAAUAAAAGGGAAGAAGAAUUAUUGAAGUUAUAUAAAUAAGAAAUGUUAAAUGUUUAAAGAUAAUUAGUGAAAAUUCGAGAUGAGGAAAGUUAAACUGAAAUAGAGAAAAGAAUACAAAAACAUAGAGAAGAGCUAGCUAAGGAGAGGGAAUUAUAUUUAGAGAGGAGUAUUUAAUUGAGUGAAAACAUUAAAGAUUUGAGUAAAAUUGAUCGUGAUAUUCGAUAAAGUUUCAAUGAACUAUAAAGUGAGAUUAAAUUUUUAGAUGAAUAAUUAAUAUAUGCAGAUAAACAUAAUAUAAUAUUACAAGAGGAAUUAAAUAGUUUAGGUGAGGAAGAGUAACAAAUUCAAAAUUAAAUCAGAAGAUAACCAAAAUCGAUGCAAUAAUUAUAAUCAGUUAGAUUAAUGCCUCUACCAUAAAUUAAAAGAAAUUCUUAUCACAUUUAAUAGGAACAAGAAUUAUAUAACAAAUUAAAGUAGUAAAUUAAUUAAGUUGAGGAAUUACAAGAAUAAGAAUUAGAAAGAUGUUUUGAUGAAGCACUUUUGACUGUUACAGAAUAGAGUGAUGCAUCAACAAAUAUAGAUUUGACAUGUUGUAAUGAUUUUUCUGAGUAUUCUAAAAGAAGAAUAUUUGAAGAUUUUUUAGAAAAACCAUAUGUAAAAUAAAAAAUAUAUGAAUUGUUAAUAAAAAAAUGA